AUGGAAGAGUCCCGAAAACACCAGGUAUCAUUGCGGGGAGCCAGUGCGAAGGAGCUAUCCAGGGAAGAGCUUAUUCAGAAGGUUUCUCAGCAAAGAGAACUUCGGAAUCAUAUCCGCAGAGCCACCGCUGCUGCUCUUCUAAUUCAGAGAAUUUGGCGGGGCCAUAAUGCAAUCAAAGUAGCUGCUUUGCAGCUUCAGAGAGAGUGGUUUACAUUGAUGAAUCAAGAGGUCAUGUCUAGGGACAAAUUGCAGAUUGUCUGCAUUGUUCUAAGGCCCUUUAUCUUCUUUAUGACAUCUUUAUCAAGUCGAAGUCGUAAAUUUCAAUCCAGAGAAGUUGAUUGCAUGAAACUUUGUUUCAAGGUUCUUUUAGAAAGUAUAAAUUCAACUGAUCCAAGUAAAAACUUUUGCUCUUUGGUUGUGGGUAGCUCUGAAGAGAGAAGAAUAUGGAAGCAUCAAUCAAAGAAGCUAAUUUCCCUGUGUCUACAUAGUUUGCUGGAGUUUGACUACUCUAUGAGUAGGGUUCAUGAUACAUCCACUAUAUCAUUAGCUAUGCGGUUAGCAGUUGUCUUGACUGAUCGAAAAGCUUGGAAAAGCAUAACAGAUAGCGAUAUUCAAGAUGCAGAUACAGCAUUGAAGAAUUUAACCUGGUUUUUAGGCAGCAAGGAAAGUGGGGCUUACAAUAUCAUCAGGAGAUACAUUAUUCAAUUGCCACCCUCUAUUCCUAGUCAAGGAACCUCUUUGGGCACAACAGAUGAUGGCUUCUUGAUCACCGCUAGUGUGCUAACUGUAGCAUUGCGUCCUUUUCAUGUAACCGAGGUGACUGCAAAUGAUAGUGGUGUACACUGUGCAGCUGAAGGUUACUGUAUUUCUCUGCUUACAAUACCUUGGUUUUCUCAGCGUCUACCUGCUGUCCUUCUACCUGCUCUCAGACACAAAUCUGUUUUAUCGUAUUGUCUCAGGAGGAUGCUGAUGUCGAAAGAUAGAGUUUUGAAGGACUUAUCAGAUAUGGAUCAACUGGAAACAAAUUUGUAUGCAAUGGAGAUGCCAAAUGUUGCUUGGGCUCUUGCAAAUAUUGUCUUUCUUGCGACUGGGCUAGAUAGUAAUGGACUUGGUUCUGCGAAAUUUUGCCUGGGAUUAGAUGUCGUGUCAUAUGUCAACGUUGUUGUCUUGCUUGCAGAAAAUCUGUUGUCACGUUUUGAAAAAGAUAAAGCGAUGAGUUUGGGGAAACGAGAAACUGGUGAUAUAGACAACCAGGCUGAUUUUAUUGGAAAAGAAUCGCAUGAAUCUGAGGCUAUUCAUGAAUCCUUAAAGAUGUCAUACACUGACCUUCUUAGACCAGUUUGUCAGCCAUGCCAUCUCAUGGAACUUGUGAACCUGGAAGGAAAUAUUUCUGCUCAGAAUACUGAUAAUCUAUCACAUCAUAGUACCAUUUGGAAGGUAGGAUUGCUUGAUGUAGUUUACUAUUACUCAAGCAUUCUAAGAGUAUUUUCAGUACUGAACCCCAUGGCUGGGGCUCUGCCAGUCCUCAACAUGUUGUCUUUUACCCCUGGAUUUCUUUCAAAGCUAUGGGAUGCAUUAGAAAAAUCUCCUUUUAAGAACCAAAUUCCUAUUGCGAAUUUGUCUGGCAAUAUAACUUCCAGAGGCAAAAGUGGUCUACCUUCAGACAGAAAGCAGAAGAAAUUUGCUAAAGAGGGUGGUAGUAGAUGGGUCAAUGCGAUGCAUAAAUUUUCUGGGAACUCAAUAACUAAGUCAAGCCAUACAGACUCUGCAGAAGACUCCAGUUUGGGAAGACUCGCAGAUCAGUCUCCUGGUGUAUGGAAUGUGGAGAUGCUAAGAUCUGGCCCUGUUGGCUUAUCUAAGGACGUGUAUUGUCUGCUUCAUUUAUUUUGUGCCACAUACUCUCACCUGCUUUUAGUUAUGGAUGACAUUGAGUUUUAUGAGAAACAGGUGCCCUUCGAAUUGGAGCAGCAGCGAAAAAUUGCAUUGGUGCUUAAUACACUUGUCUACAAUGGUGUAUCCCACAAUUUAAGUCCUGACAAUAAGCCUUUGAUGGAUUCUGCAAUUCGAUGCUUGCAUUUGCUCUACGAAAGAGACUGCAGACACCAGUAUUGUCCUCCUGCGUUAUGGCUUUCACCUGGAGAAGGAAAUCGUCCACCAGUUGCUGUAGCUGUCAGGACUCAUGAAGUUAUGUGUGCAGCUGUAAAAGAAGAUAAUACCUCAUCCUCUUCUAUUAUAACAUCUGUUAUCACUAUUAUUCCACAUGUCUUUCCUUUUGAAGAAAGAGUUGAGAUGUUCAGAGAAUUAGUCAAUAUCAACAAAGCAUCUCGUAGAAUGGCUGGUGAGGCAGUUGGACCCGGCCCUGGAUCAACUGAGAUAGUUAUUCGCCGUGAUCAUAUUGUUGAAGAUGGUUUUCGGCAGCUGAAUGUUCUUGGACCAAGGCUAAAAUCUAAUAUUCAUGUUUCAUUUGUUAGUGAAUCCGGUCUUGCUGAGGCUGGCCUUGACUAUGGUGGGUUGUCCAAGGAGUUCUUGACCGACAUAGCAAAAGCUAUGUUCUCACCAGAGUAUGGGCUGUUCUGUCAGAGCUCCACCUCAGAUAGACUUCUAAUUCCUAAUACAGCUGCAAGAUUUCUAGAGAACGGGAUCCAAAUGAUUGAGUUUCUUGGAAGAGUGGUUGGCAAAGCUCUUUAUGAAGGAAUAUUACUUGAUUACAGUUUCUCACAUGUUUUUGUACAGAAGCUGCUGGGCCGCUAUAGCUUUCUUGAUGAAUUGUCAACACUUGAUCCUGAGCUGUACAGAAAUCUUAUGUACGUUAAGCUUUAUGAAGGUGAUAUCAAGGACCUGUCACUGGAUUUCACAGUAACUGAAGAAGCACUUGGUAAAAGACAGGUCAUUGAGCUAAAACCCGGUGGCAAAGAUGUAGCUGUUACUAAUGAGAACAAGUUGCAAUACAUUCAUGCAAUUGCAGACUAUAAACUUAAUCGGCAGAUCCUGCCGUUCUCAAAUGCAUUCUAUAGAGGGUUGACUGAUCUUAUUUCUCCAUCUUGGUUAAGAUUGUUCAAUGCGAACGAGUUUAAUCAGUUGCUAUCUGGUGGAAGCCAUGAUAUUGAUGUUGAUGAUCUGCGGAAAAACACGAAAUACACGGGUGGUUAUAACGAAGGGAGCCGAACAGUUAAACUCUUUUGGGAGGUUGUUGCAGGACUUGAACCAAAGCAACGUUGUAUGCUUCUUAAAUUUGUGACAAGUUGUUCUCGUGGUCCUCUACUGGGGUUCAAACACUUGCAGCCAUCUUUCACCAUUCACAAGGUUGCCUGCGAUGUACCUCUAUGGGCAACAUUUGGGGGCCGGGAUGUUGAUCGGCUUCCAUCAGCUUCCACUUGCUAUAAUACUCUGAAGCUUCCAACAUACAAACGCUUUGGAACAUUGAGAGAGAAACUGCUAUAUGCUAUCAAUUCUAAUGCUGGAUUUGAACUUUCUUAG